UUCGAUAGAGAUUGAAAAACUGACCCAAUAUAAAAAAAUUUAUAGCAUUUAUUAUAAUUUUAAUUCAGAAUGCGUUUUGUUAAAUAUAAUCAACCUUCAAUUUGAAAAUGGAAUUAAUAGUAGGAGAGCAAUAUCGUUUAGGACGAAAAAUUGGUAGUGGCUCAUUUGGCGAUAUAUAUUUAGGCACAGAGGUUUAUACAAAUCAAGAGGUUGCCAUCAAAUUAGAACAUACUGCAAGCAAACAUCCACAACUUCAUAUUGAAAGCAAAUUUUAUCGUUAUAUGAGAGGAGCAACCGGAAUACCUUCUUUGUUUUGGUGUGGGCAAGAAGGAGAGUACAAUGUUAUGGUUUUGGAAUUAUUGGGGCCCAGCUUGGAAGAUUUGUUCAACUAUUGCUCAAGAAAAUUUUCACUCAAAACUGUACUUUUAUUGGCUGAUCAAUUGAUUGAUAGAGUUCAAACGAUGCACGAUCGCCAUUUCAUCCACCGAGACCUUAAACCCGAUAACUUUUUGAUGGGAUUUGGGAAAAAGGGGAACAUCGUUCAUUUGAUCGACUUUGGUUUGGCCAAAAAAUAUUUCGACAGAACGAGGCAUAUCCCUUAUAGGGACGAUAAGAAUCUCACGGGCACAGCUAGGUAUGCCAGCGUAAAUACUCACCUGGGAAUAGAACAAAGUCGAAGAGAUGAUAUGGAAUCUCUAGGUUACGUGCUACUUUACUUCAUCAAAGGUUUCUUACCUUGGCAGGGCCUAAAAGCGGUCAACAAACGACAAAAAUACGAGAUGAUUAUGGAGAAAAAAAUUUCUACCAAUAUCGUCGAAUUGUGCAAUGAAUUACCAAAAGAAUUUUUCAACUACGUAAAUUACUGUCGUCAUUUACACUUCGAGGAGAUGCCCGAUUACCUGUACCUAAAAAAAAUGUUUCGGACUCUGGGCCACUCCAAAAAAUACAAAUAUGAUUAUUUGUUCGAUUGGAACGUGAAAAAGAUGAAGAAAGUUGCCGAUAAGAAAGUAUUUUACCGUUGCGUAUCGCCCACCAAAUAUUUACCGACUCUCGACAGCAUCGAACUGCAUAUGAAUAACAACGCCAAUGAGGGGAAAGAUGUGGACGAAUCAGGGGACAAAGAAAGGAUAAAAGUGCAGGGUGGUGUCGAGGAUACAAAUAAUUUCGGCCCAAGAAGAACUCACAAAGUUCAUAAACACAAACACAACCGUCAUCAUUACGAUUACGAUCACGAAAAAAUUAUCAAUUACUCAUCAAAUCCGAUUGUGGACGUUGAAAAUCAACCUUGUCCUGAUGAUCACCAAUGUCAAAAAUCUACCGGAAAUAUUAAAAAACAACAUCGUCAUCAUAUAAUUACCGACCUAUUAACGAAACCGGAAGAAAUUGAAAGCUUUAAGCCCUCGGUUAUCCACAUUCCCGAGAAUCCAAACAUGUUGAUUGACUCGAGCAAUGUGACAACUAACAAUGGUAGCAAGGUGACGUUCUUGCCUUCAAUUAGACUCAGCAACGCCGAAAAUAAAAAUGAUAUAGGCUCCCCAGACAUCCUUAAAACGCACAAAAAAAUUGCACCAGAACACCCAGAUACCAGCCAUUAUUCUACAAAAACAAACGAUAUAGAAGAAAAUUCUUCUAAUUUCAACAUGGAACAUGCGGACCUCAACCACAUGCGCAAACAUGAUGGAGAAUAUUUGUCGAAAUUGGCUUACCACAACCAUCACCAUAACAACGCUCAUCAAAAAAUAUUUCAUAAAAAGCAUAUUACAAAUAAUGACAACCACUUUACUCUUAAACCUGACCAAACUGAGCUUUUCUCUACUACGGCUCUUCUCAAUGGUGGUUUAGAACGACAUUCUCACGAUCCAAAUUAUCGUAAACCCCAUCGUCACCAUCAUAUUAUGACAGUCACCACGCCCAUUCAUUUCAACAAAUCAUCGAAUAUUAUUACUAGCUCUCCCUCGAUUACUUUAACUAAUACAGUAACCACGGACACAAUUAUUAAUAAUAUAAAAAAUACACCUAGUUCAUCUACUACAAAUUUUGCUGGCACCCCAAGUCGUUCGGCUCACAGAUCUAUAAUCAUUUCUUCUACCAAUUCCGUUUCAUCACAUCUUUCCGAUUCUUCUAAAAAUGACGCUAAUGCAGCACUUUCUAAAGAGGAGGGCGAAAAUAUAGGGGAAGAUAAUGAAGGAGCUUUGAAUGAAGAAAGGAUACAAGAAAUAUCGGAAGAUAAAAUUGAGGAUGACGCUAAUCUCUCUGAUUGGCUUAGUAGGGCAAAAUUGAAAUGAAAUAAUAACAGAAGUGACGGGGACAACUGUCUGCCAAAAUAAUAAAAGGUGGAUUAAACUGAGAUGAAUUAAGCCGUAUUUUAAUUUAGAUUGUUAUCAAGAAGUCGUUGGUAAAUUUAAAUUAAUUAUACAUAUAAUUUUUGCUCCUUAAUGAUUUUGUGAUCGCGAAUUUGUAAUUUUCUCUAUACUAUGUUUAUUUUUAGGAAGUAGAUUUAUAAGAAAUUAAUAUUGUUACCAUAUAAAUUAUAUUACUGUGAUUGCGACAUUGAAAUUAUUUUAUGAACGAGUAUUCAUGUUUUUAAAAAAAUACUGCCUCUAAUCGUUCUUCUACUUAUAUAUUAAAUAUGCAUACUUUUUAUG